CCCGGAGCUCCCCCUGAGCGGGCGAUGCCUCCGCGCCGCCUCCUCCUCCUCCUGCUCGCCCGCGCCCUCCGCGGCUCCGCCUUCGCCAUGGGCGACUCGGCCUCCCGCCUGCCGCAGGAGGGCGAAGCGCUGCCCGGCAGGACCCAGCGCAUGGCGGUGGCAGAUAAACAUCACGUCAAUGGAAACAGAAUGGUGGAACCUUUCCCAGAGGGAACACAGAUGGCUCUGUUUGGUAUGGGCUGUUUCUGGGGAGCUGAGAGGAAGUUCUGGAGGCAGAAGGGAGUUUACUCCACUCAAGUGGGUUAUGCAGGAGGUCACACCCCAAACCCCACCUACAAGGAGGUCUGCUCAGGCAGGACUGGUCACACCGAGGCCGUUCGAGUGGUUUAUCAGCCAGAAAACAUCAGCUUUGAGCAACUGCUCAAGGUCUUCUGGGAGAAUCACGACCCGACACAAGGGAUGAGGCAAGGCAAUGACGUUGGCACUCAGUAUCGCUCGGCCAUCUACACGUUCUCCCAGGAACAGAUGGAAGCUGCCUUGAGGUCUAAGGAAGAAUAUCAAAAGGUAUUGACAGAGGGAGGCUUCGGUCCCAUCACCACGGAAAUCCGGGAGGCUCCCGAGUUUUAUUAUGCCGAGGAUUAUCACCAGCAGUACCUCAGCAAGAAUCCCGGCGGAUACUGCGGCCUCGGGGGGACGGGGAUUUCCUGCCCCGUCGGUGUCAAGAAAUAGCCUGUGCUUACUCCACCGCCUCCACUUUGGUUUAAGGAGUUUGGGAAAAGACCAUCAACCCUGGUAGAUGCUCCAGUGCAGCCAGUGCAUAAAGAUUUGGGAAUCCAUCGGGGAGAUUUUCCGUGAUCGGAGCUGCUUCGCAUUCAUUGGCAUUAAAAACCAAAAUAGAGGCAAAAAUUUUGUUUUAGGGAGUUUGGGAAAAGACCGUCAACUCUGAUAGAUGCUCCAGUGCAUCCACA